AUGUUAAUUCAAAACGCGCGCGAGCCACAUCGUCGACAGGGAUGUUAUAGUAUCGUGACAGGCGUUUAUGACGUGUUUGAUUACUGUGGUCCAUCAGAGUUGCCAGAUGGUCGAUACUUAGGGUGUUAGCAAUAUCAAAUGGAUGGGGCCUAUGGAGCAUGUACUAAUUAUAUAUGGGCAUGUUUGGCUGACUUGACCCAUUUAAUUUUUUUGCUAUACUCGUACAUUUUUGUAGCUAGCUCAAAGCGACUAAUCCCUUAUGAACUGAUGACAGCGUUGGGUGGGAAGUGCAGAGUCAACUUACUUGACGCCUUUUUUCUGAACUAGGUCUAAUCAUCCUAAGGUGGUGAUGUUUAAUGAAAUUAUGGGGAAUGCUGAUAUGGAAGAACUGGAUGAAUCUUAUAAAGCAGUACCAGUUGAUCCAAAAGAAACAGUCGCCACGAUCUUAUACUCAUCAGGAACCACAGGCCUUCCAAAAGGUGUAAUGGUUACCCAUCACAACUUCACUACAUUUACCGAAGUGACCUUCACUCAAUACAAAGACCUGAUGAUAAACCAAGAUCCCAGUGA